GUAGAACAUCUAAACGCACAUCCGUUCCUGCCGAAAGACUUUAUUUCUAUUUUUUAUUACCGGUAAUAAUAUCUCGUUAAUGAAUAUCACAGAUGGGGCGAAGAGGGAGUCACAAAGCUCUAUUGUAUUCAAAGAAGGGACCAUCGUUAUGAAGCGUGUGUAGCUUUUUGAAAUCAAAAGUGAAAGUGCUCUGGUGCAGUAUUCUUUUAUUUCAUUUUUAAUAAAACACGAAUCUUCUGCUCCUUGAAGAUGAUUGAAGCAAUAUUUAUCGGAUGGUUUUUGACGUUCGUUAAUGCUGAUGGGGUUGCAGACGUCGUUCUUUCCUGCUCUCUGGUGGAGGAGGGAGUCGGAAUGGGUGGAAUGGGAGGCGGCUCUCUCUUCAGCCGAACUCCAGCCACACUCGUCCUUCGAGACGUCCCAGUGGGACCCGAUGAAUCCCUUGACACACUGACUCCAUUUGUCCCGCCCUCAGUCCCUGAUCCAGACCUCAUUCUGUUUGAAAACAAAGUGUCAUCGCCUGACAUCCCCAACGCAGGCAUGUUGCUCCAUGCAGACUGCAAUGAGCAGGAGGUGAUGUGUGAAAUAAGUCGCUACACUCCUCGAGGACUUCAGGAAAGCUCUGAUCCAGCAUAUUUCAUGGUUUCCCUCAGCGUGGAGGGACUCGACUUCAGCACAUCGCUCAUUCUUCAAACAUUACCAUUUGACAAAGAUCAGACCACCUUGACACAAAGCAAACUCAACUUACCUCUCAGCCAGUCAGGAACUCUGCUGACUAAAGUGAUAUUCCUGGUGUUUUCCGACAUAAAUUCUGUAUCUGCUCCUCUGAGAGGAGAUGUUCUCCUCAACUGCGGCUUCAAGCAGGAAGAGACGCCGUUAGCACCGGAAGUGGGCCUGGAAUGGCGCCUGCAGCACAGAGGGAGAGGCAGGAAAGUUCUCGAAACGAAGACAAAGCUGGAUGACACAGAAGAGGCCACUGUAGUUCAUGGCGAGAGGAACGGCUCCAGUGUGGACGCUGCUCUGCUCCUCAGUGAGGGAAACGUCUCCAUGAGUCUAACUCGGCUGAAGGUCGUCGAUGAAGGAACCUACAUCUGCACCGUCAACCUGGGUCAUUUCCACGCCCAGCAGGUCAUCCAGCUCCAUAUCAUUCAAUUGCCGCAGGUUUCUCUGUCAGCGGAGAAGCUGGUUCUGAAUAAAAAUUCUCCACAAACACUGAGCUGCCAUUGUGCUAAAUACUAUCCAUUAGAUGUACAGAUGGAGUGGUUUUUCCUUCCUCCAACGGAAACGGAUCCAAAACUCUUUCCGAACCAGGGCUCUCUGAGCAGUCAUCGGCAGCACGGGGACGGGACGUUUACCUUGUCCUCUCAUGUAACCAUUGACCAGAGUUUUUCUCCAGGAACCAAGAUCACCUGCAGGGUGACCCACCCAGCUCUGGACGAUCCGCUCCACAUCAGUAUAGUACUCGAAAGUCCCCAACCAGAUUCCUACUGGUGGGUUCUCGGGUUCCUCGUUGUCACUGUUCUCUUCUUCUAUCAGGUCAUGAAAUAAGUGACUCUCUGGUCAUCUUAACUUGAAGCUGAGCCUUGAAUUAUUUUUUUUCUGUAAAGGUAAACAUUUUCAGGUCUCAUAGCUGUUGUCGGCUGAAUUUGAAAUAUUUUAUUUGUGGGAAACAUUCAUUUAUUAUGAUUUGCAUCCAGUUGCUGUACGGUUUCUAUUGUUUUCUAUUGUUUUCUUAUUUGCACUAAGCAUCCUUGGAUCUUGAAGUUCCUUUUGUUGUGAUAUACUGAUAAUCUCAGCAGGAAAAACACAUUUUCUCAGAGAUGAACCACUGAAGUUUCAUUAUCUCUGUCUGACCAGAGGACCGAUCUGAAUCUCAAAUAUAGUUUUCCAAUCAGCACAAAUAAUCGGACCUUUCACGUCUCUCCUGGGGUUAAACUUAAACUUCAUAUCUGCAUAAAUCCAACAAAAACAGCAGCCUACAAUAAGUCUCUUUAAAAUGAGGUGGUUUUAACAGCAACCUUUAAAAUCCUGUAUGUCUUUGAGGUUUCUUCUGGAUUUGUUUUUAAGCUCCAUUGUGGCAUUGCUCUUUAAAUUAUUCAUACUUUUGACAGAAAUAGAUUUAAAGUAAUUUUUAUUCAACCAAGAAGCUCAUUUAUUUGUAUGAGGCUGUGAAUCGGAAGCUUUACUUAAAAUCAGUCAGUAAACAUUUAAUGAUGAACCACAAAGUGCUAAAAAUAUCAGGUUUGACGCCGCUUUAUUUGAGUUUCAAAUACUGUGGGAACAAAAUACGUUAAUUAAUUACAAGCAGAAGGAAGACGCUGUACAAACUGAGGAAAUACUGGAUUUUUUUUAUUUACAACUUUUCUUUGCACUUCAGGAGGAAUUGAUGGAGGAAUUGCGGUUCUUCCACUAUGAUGGUGUGGUUUUAAAUGCAGCAGCUGUUUACUGUUUUUCUGUCUUUUUGUUUGUCCUACACUGACCUUUCACUUUAUUUUGUCUGAAAAUAAAGCUUUUAUGACUCUACAUUGGUGAGGGUGUUUGUCCCUAUUGAAGUUUUUUUUGGUUUGUUUUACAACUUGAAUUCAAAGUUGUGGUCAUGAGAGUAGAUUAAAAUAAUUUACUAAGAGACAAAAAAACUUCACUCGUUAAUUAAUUUACUCAUUUCGGAAAAAAUAUUUGUAGUUAUCAAUCAGUCGACUACUAGUUACUAGUUCAGGUACUAUUAGGAACUACUUUUGAGGGCUGCAAACAUUAAUACUGAACAUAAUUAUUACUGUGUCCUAGCUUUAUGGAUUUAAAUCAGGCUGGACCUCGCUGAUCAGUUUUCAGCUCUUUCUCACUGACUUAACAUGUGAAUCCUGAUCAGUGACUUUUAGCCUUUUCUGUGUUUAGAAGAAUCAUGAGGAGAGUCAGAAAACAGUUUGAUGGAGUUCAGGUCAUGAUUUAUUUAUUGGCAUCAGCAAAAGUGGUAAACAUGCAUUAGAUUUCUUUUUUGUUGCAAAAUUCAGUUGCAUCUCUCACCCUAUGUUCAAUUCACAAAACAUAAUCUCUUCUCUAUUCACCUGUUAAUAUUGUUGCACAAUAUCAGCAGAUAAUUAGAGCUUAGUGCUACAGUUAUGCAUUACUCCAUUGUUCUCAUGAAUCUCUUUGUGUUAUUUACUCUUUUCACAACUUUCAAAAUCAGAAAAUGAGUUCCACGAACAACCAACAGUCUCCUAAAACCUAAAGGAAUUGAUAUAAACACAUUUUCAGGAGCAUAAACUUGUAUGUAUGUACAGUGGUUCUCCUAUGUUAGCUCUAUGUGAUUCCUAAAAUGAUUUACUACAGUAGCGGUUGGUUGCAGUCCUUGAGUAUUAUGUUUUUUUUUUUUUUCUGUUCAAAGCAAGUGACACAUUUUGGCAAACUCAUGAGCAUUGUUGCACAUUGCAUAAGCAGUACGUAUCUGAUCAGAAAGACAUUAUACACAGGUCCUUGAAACCACUAAGGAAAGAAAAUAUACAAUCGGCAGUAAGAUUAAGAAAUGGCAGAUACACAGGUCACACGAAUAUGGAUACUGUUUGCCAUGCAGGUUAGAAACGAAUGCCUCUGACUGGCUGUUAUCGUACUGCAGGUGACAGAUGAGUCUGGUUUAUGUGAGUGAAGGGGUGGGGUGGGGGUUGGGCAGCCUGGCGGCUCUGGGGGAUCCUCAUCCUGUCCUCUCUCAUUCUCCUGCGCUCUGAAAACAACAAACACUCCAAUAGAAGGUUGCUCAAAAUGCGACGCUACACAUUCAUCUGUCUGUGGCUGCGACUCUGUCCAUUCAGAGUGGAGAGGCCUUCCUCGGGUCCUUCAGGCGUGCAGAUUGUCUGUCAGUAGCUGCUUCAUGUGCCUUUCUGCGUACAUGACUCUAUUACCAUCACCUAAGAUAGAAAAAUCCCAAAACUGACUCAUCGCUUUCUGCCUGGAGGCUAUGACUCAGGUUGCAUGUAUUUAUGCAGGAAAAUAUGCUGCUGAACUCCUACUUCUUUUUCCUGAAU